GCCACUUUGUGUUCCACUAUCCGGAGAAAAUGAUUCGCAGUGUCGGAGGAGUUCGUAUGUGUUGCCUGCGCCUCCCGUACACGGCGGAGACGCUCCUCCUUAAACCGUCCGCACUGACUUUCCGCCGCCGGAGACCUUUCGCCACCUCCUGCUCCGCAUCCGCUGCGGCGAAGAAAGAUAAGAACGAGAAGGUCAUUGUGGUAUCCGGUCCCACCGGUGCCGGGAAAAGCAGGCUCGCUCUAGAGCUCGCGAAGCGGCUUAAUGGAGAAAUUAUCAGUGCUGAUUCUGUCCAGGUGUACCAAGGGCUUGAUGUCGGAUCUGCUAAACCCACUUUGAGCGAAAGACAGGAAGUCCCUCACCAUUUAAUUGAUAUAUUGCAUCCCUCUGAAGAAUAUUCAGUCGGACAAUUUUUUGAGGAUGCAAGGCAAGCUACUAGAGAUAUUCUCAAAGCUGGGCAUGUACCAAUAGUUACUGGUGGGACUGGAUUGUACUUACGAUGGUUCAUAUAUGGGAAGCCAGAUGUUCCAAAAGCCUCUCCAGAGAUUACCUCUGAAGUUUAUUUAGAGCUUGCAGAAUUGCAGAGAAAUGAUGAGUGGGAGGCAGCUGUCCAGUUGGUGAUCAAAUCUGGUGAUCCAAGUGCUCAGUUUUUGGCUGCCAAUGAUUGGUAUCGUUUACGACGCAGGCUUGAAAUCAUCAAGUCUAGUGGAUCACCUCCAUCAGCAUUUCAAGUACCAUAUGAUCAUUUUAGGGAACAGUCCGAUUCACACACGGCAGAAUGUUCUCUAGGCAUCAAAUCUUCUGCUGAUGGAAUUCAGGGGUGUAAAUCAAAGGAUUUGGACUAUGAGUUCAUUUGUUUUUUCCUUUCAAGCCAAAGACUGGAUCUCUACAGAUCAAUUGAUUUCCGGUGUGAAGAUAUGCUUUCAGGAGCUGAUGGAAUAUUGUCAGAGGCAAGAUGGCUUCUGGAUCUAGGACUUCUGCCAAACACCAAUUCUGCAACUCGAGCUAUUGGUUACAGACAAGCCAUGGAGUACCUACUGAAGUGUAGAGAGCAAGGGGGUUGGAGUUCUACGAGCGACUUUUAUGCCUUCUUAUCUGAAUUUCAGAAAGCGUCUAGAAACUUUGCAAAAAGGCAAAUGACCUGGUUCCGUAAUGAGCACAUUUAUCACUGGAUAAAUGCUUCCAGACCCUUGGAAACAGUGCUCAGCUUCAUAUGUGACGCAUACCAUCAACAAGCUGGGAAUUUGACGGUGCCUGAAUCACUAACUAUGAAGAAAGAUAUAUCAAACACCCGAGAAGCUUCAGAACUAAAGGUUUAUCGAACCAAAAAUAGGCAAUUCAUCAGGCGUGAAGAUUGUUCAGAUAUUCUAGACUGGAUAAGAAGAACCCAGGGGCAACCAGCUGAAUCAAUUUGUUAACUAGUGUCGAGCGGGCUCGGUUUUCAGAUUGUGGAGUUCGGACGCCUGAAAUUCUUUGAUAUACUUGUGAAGUUUAGCUUGAGUUUAUUGCUUUGCAUGUUAAGUUUGCAUUAUCCCUUAAAGCUUUCAUUGAAGAUGGAAUUUGAUUAUUUUGUGUUAGAUCGCAGCCAAGGAAAGCCUUCGGCUAGUCAUGUACUGAGCAUUCAUCUUCGGAAUAUCUGGUUCAUUCCGGGUUAUGUACUGAGGAAAAGCUGUUGAGCACGAGUGUACAAGUUGUGGGAGUUCAGGGAUUAAGGCAGGCUGAUGUUGAAAUGAAUAUUUGUAAAUUAUAAUUUUAACAUCUUGUACUGGUCAAAACAAAAACAUUGAAGGGUUUUUUCUCUUCUUUUUUUUAACGCCUUUAUUUUAUUUUUUUGUGUUUGGGUGGUGGGUUUUGGUACGAACGGGUAGAAAUUUUUUUUUUUAUUUUAAUCAAACACAUAAAAAAUUUUAAAUUUUUUUUCUACCAUUUUUAUGCUAAACAAACGAAUUCUAGUAAAACUUGCUUAGUAAAUU